CGCACUAGACAACAAUGGUGACAGCUUGUUCAUAUGUGAAAAAGUGUAUAUACCAUAUACAUCAAUACACUUCUACACAAUACACUGCAAUACAUUUAUGUAUUUGCUGUUACAUUGCUUCAUGUUAAAAUUUUUUUAUUACUCUAUUUUAAUUCGCGAAUAAAUUACAAUUAUUUACUCUUAAAUAUGAUGAAUGGAUAAUUAUGAAUAUAAUUAUUUAAUAUAACAUAUCGGUAGUGAGAGAGUUUGUUGUAUAUAUAUGUAUAUCUAGAAAAAUUAAUAUGAGAACGAAAAAAACAAUAGCACAAAGAAAUUGCUUAUGUCAGUGAUACUACCAAACGGCAGAAACCUUUUAUACAUAAAUAUUUGUUUUUUUAAUGAUUAUUGUGCCAAAUAUAAUCAAAUAAUAUAUUGUAUGUGAAUUAUAGAGUCUAUUGUAUCUAAAAAUUCAUUAUCAAGGGUAUUAAUUACACAUAUUUAUUCGUGAUAAUCAUUCACAGUGAUUGCUACCUUCAAGCCGUAGCAGCAGAAGAUUUAAAGAGUCAUAUUAUUCAUAAUCUUAUUUAAAAGGUUAACCAGCAAAGGGAGAACAACAAAAGUUUAUUAUUGAAAUAAGAGUUGUUUGUAAUCAAUAGAAUAUUUCAUUUAAUGAUGGAUAAAUUUAAUUAGAUGCGUAUGUGUGUCUAAAUAUGACAUCAAUGACAAGAAGCGAUAAGACCGUAAUGAACAUGAGCUCUAAACGAGUCAGUGAAUAGUGAUUAUUCAGAUGUAUGUGUAUGAUUUAAAAGUAAUGCCUGUUCAUCAGAUUAAUGUUAAUCCCCCUGAUUGGCAAUCACCCCAAUCCCUUGAUCCUUCCAAUAAUGCCAGUCCAACAGGAGAUGAAUCAUUGCCGGAAUGGUCAUCGAGAGAACCAACAUACGCUACAGUUGUUACGGUAAUACCAAAUCAUUGUCAUUCCUCAGUGAGUACUUUAUCAUCCAGUAAUCAUGACAUUUGUCGAAUAUGUCAUUGCGAAGGUGAUAUUGGAGCACCUUUACUAGCACCAUGUUAUUGCAGUGGUAGUCUACGUUAUGUUCAUCAGGCCUGUCUACAACAAUGGAUAAAAGCAUCAGACACACGUGCCUGUGAACUAUGUAAAUUCACAUUCAUUAUGCACGCUAAAACGAAACCAUUUUCCGAGUGGGAAAAGCUUGAAAUGUCAGCACCAGAAAUACGGAAAUUAUGGUGUACCGUAGCGUUUCAUGCAGUAGCGGCUCUCUGCGUUGCUUGGUCUCUGUAUGUUCUGGUAGAACGGUCAGUUGAAGAAGCACGAAAAGGAUUUGUAGAUUGGCCAUUUUGGACAAAAUUAAUUGUUGUUGUUAUUGGUUCUUCUGGUGGUCUUGUUUUCAUGUACAUUCAAUGCAAAGCCUAUAUCGAAUUAUGUAGAAGAUGGCGUGCAUUCAACAGAGUAAUAUUUAUUCAAAAUGCUCCGGAAAAGGUGGUACUUCCUCCAUCACCCACAGAUUCACUUAGAGAAGUAACGUUACCACUCAAAGAUCCCACUGCCUCAUUGCCUGAGUUGAAUCGUAGUCUUUUACCAAGAACAUUAGAUCCUUCAUGUGCUUCAGAAGCAGUCAAACCAUCUGAAGCGGCAUCGCCCGCCCAACGACAUGAUGCUCAACUCAAACUUUAUGUAUUCGAUAAGCUAUCUUCGUCUGAGGAUAAUCUGUAGUCACUAAAAAUUUGUGACUUAAAUUAAUUGACUACGUCAAAAGAAUACAUCACGUACAUAUAUAUAUAUCCGUAUAUAUACAUAUAAAAAACUGAUAAUUUAAUAAGCGUGUAUGAAGAAAGAAAGAGUGUAAUAAAAAAUUGUCGUUAAUUGUAUAUUAAAGCGGUGCAGAACAAAAAAAACUUGCUUCCAAGGAUACAACUCAAGAUUUGUGUCUCGCAUCCAAUCUUUUGGAACAUUACUUGAUACUUAGUACUUGAGUGAUUGUAUUGACUAUGAGAGAUUAACAAGUUCCAAGUGAAUUAUUAAUUUUCUCUUCAAGCGAUUGUGUACAUAAUUAAUAUAUCUGUGAUGUUACUCAAUAAACUUUACCAUAUUUAAAUGAA